AUGACGUCGAAGCAGAGGUGCAGGGUGCUGAAAUUGAUCCCCAUGCUUCUAUGUUCAUUUCUGCUAGGGAUGAAAUUCGACAACGUCAAUAUUCUAAGGAAUGCAAUAGUUCAAUACUCAGUCAAAAAUUCUAGGCAACUGAGAUACGUGAAAAAUAUGAGGAUACAGUUGAGAGUUCAAUGUCAAGAUAUUUGUCCUUGGGUUUUGUAUGCGUACCAACAACCAGACAAGAGCCUUAGAAUUAACACAUUGAUAGAUGAGCACACAUGGACCAUAGUAUGGAAAAAUAAAAGGGUUAAUUUAGGUUUUCUAGUAAAGAAAUACGUAAGAAAAUUUAGGUCUGAUCCCAACGUUCCAAUGAGUAGUUUUAUGGAGACUGUGAAAGAGGACUGCAUGUAUGAGAUUUUAAAACAUCAGUUCUACAGGACAAGAUCGAAAUGUGCAGAAGUUAUUAAUGGGAUUAUAGUUGAGCAGUACAAAAUUUUAUGGGAUUACAGUGAGGAAUUGAAUAGAACAAGUCCAGGCAGUACAGUGGAGAUCGAAGGUUUGAUUCAAACUUUUAAGAGAUUGCACAUCUACUUAAGGGCUUGUAAGGAAGGGUUUAGGGCUGAGUGUAGGCCAGUUGUUGGGUUGGAUGGAUGCUUCGUAAAAUGUGUAGAAGGUAGGCAGUCGUUGGCAGCUGUUGGCAUCGAUGGUGAGAACUGUAUGUUUCUGUUAGCAUGGGCAGUUGUGUAUGUGGAGAACAAAUCAAACUGGCAAUGGUUCAUAGAAUUGUUGGUUCAUGACAUAGGGAUGCACAACCCUCGAGCUUGGAUAUUCAUUUCUGACAAACAAAAGGGUUUGGUGGAUUUCAUAAGUCAAUACUAUGAAGGAACGGAGCAUAGGUGUUGUGCUAGAUAUCUUUAUAGAAAUUUCACCAUGGCACACAAAGGUCUGGCCCUUAAGAACCUAUUUUGGACUACAGCAGUGGCAGAGUGA